AUGAAGUUUUCCACUUUAGUUGUGGGUUUUGUUCUGCUACUUUCUGUCACCUCGGCUUUGCCAGUGGAUAUCCCAGUUUCCAAUCAGUUGCAACCUCGCAGUGAUGAACUUCAAGACCUAGUCUUGCACUCUCAGGAAAAAAGAGAUAUCUUACCACUUACUGUACUUUUCAGAACUUUGAAUACCACCGGUACAGGUGUUUCCUUGGUGAAAACGGCCAUCUCCAUUCCAUUUACGCAACAGCAAAUCAUCAAGUUCGUGGGUAGUUUGAUUGAAACCAAGAAUUUGACGUCGUUGUUGGAGGCCGCAGACCAGUCUGGAUUGGCUCUCGACCUUGUUGUUAUGGUCUUGACUCAUUAUGAAGUGAUUCCUGGUGUGACUAACAUUGUUAACGCGUACAAGGGAGGAAACUCUACUAGUUCUGGGGGCUCGAGCAAUGGAAUCUUAGGUGGUCUUCUUUCUGGACUUAGCUCAUCAAAUGACUCAGAUCUGGGCUCUGGCACAAGUUCGGGCUCAUUAGGCGCUUUGGGAAACCUUUUGGGUGGUGAUUCUAGUUCUGCGGCUGAUUCUGGUUCUCCAACAGGAGCUGCUUCCAGCCCAGCAAAUAGCUUGGAAGGGUCAUUGGGCAAUCUUCUUGGAGGCCUUGGUUUGGCUCUGGCUUCUUCUUUAGAACCUGUGGCCACUUCGGCUACUACUGCCCCUUCGAAUGGAAAUCCGGCGGCUUCUGCUCCUGCAAACCCAGCGGUAGAAUCUUUGGCUGCUGCUUCCCCUGCUUCCGCUCCUGCUGUUGCUGGUUCUGGUAAUGUCAACACUGCUCCAGCCCAAGCCAACACAGAAACAGCAGCUAAUCCAGCUCAAGCUACGCCUGCUGCCACUACAGCUGCAACCAACAAUAAUGGUGGUAGUUCGGGUUCCGGUGGUCUUUUGGGGGGUCUUUUAAAUGGAGUUGGUAGUCUCUUGAAUGGAAUUGCAAAGAGAGAAGACCUCAGCCAAGAAGAGAAAAUCGAAAUGUUGAACACUCUCAUUGAACGCCGGGAACUUGAUCUCGGCAAUAUUAUCCAAAAUCUUGAGACCAGAGAGUUUAAUUCUGAGGAAGAGGCCGCUCUUGCCAAACGGGAUGUGUUUGACACCGUUUAUCUGCAAAUUAUUAGAAUCAUUGGUUCUAACAGCAACAUCCUCGAGAUUGCAGAGUCAUUGGAAAAAUCGGGGCUUGCAAUCAGUGUAAUUUACAGUGCACUCACAGAUAAAAGCUUUCAAAAUUUCGAUGUCAACUUGAUCAAAUAUCUUGUUGAGAAAAAGCUUAUAACACUUUCGUCUUUAUUCACUGCCAUUACCCAGUCGGGUCUUUUAUUCCAUUUAAUCGGUGAUAUUGUUGGAAACACUUCCUACGUUCGUCUCGUUAUCAAUUUCGUCUUUGCCAUCUUGAAUGGCAAAAUUAACAUUCUUGGGUUGAUCAGAGCCUUCUUUUAG